GUGAGAGGCUGGCGAGCGUGGCUGGGGCAGAGGAUGCUGCACCGGGAAGAGGCGGCACCAGCACUGAUGUGGAGCUGGUGGGAGCGUGGCACAAAGACCCUGCUGCGGGGGCAGAGGAAGCUGUGCUAGGAGACAGUGCCAGGGUGGAGGAGGCUGUACCAGGAGGUAGCGCUGAUGCGGAGCCGGCGCGGCACAGAGGCCCCACUGUCAGCAAAGGCUUUUGCGACCACGCGGCGCUGGCCACGCACCAGCGGGCGCACACAGGUGAGCGCCCCUUCCCCUGCCUGGCGUGCGGCAAGGCCUUUGCUGGCAGCUCGGCGCUGCUGGUGCAUCAGCGAGUGCACACCGGUGAGCUUCCCUACCGCUGUGGGGAGUGCGGGCAGAGCUUCCGGCAGAGUGCCCACCUGGCACAGCACCAGCAGGGCGCCCACGCCAGCCAGCGCCCCCACGCCUGCUCUCACUGUGGCAAGAGCUUUGGGCUGCGCUCCACGCUGGCACGGCACUUGCAGACACACAGUGUCGAACGCCCCCACGCCUGCCCUGACUGCCCCCGCCGCUUCCGCCAGCGAGCCCACCUGCUCCGGCACCGGCUAGCGCACACAGGUGAACGUCCCUUCCCCUGCCCGGUCUGCGGCAAAGCCUUUGCCCUGAGUGCCACGUUGCUGCGGCACCAGCUGGUGCACACGGGUGAGCGCCCCUACCGCUGUGGGGAGUGCGGGCGCAGCUAUACACAGAGCUCCUACCUGCGCCAGCACCAGCGCAGUGCCCACGCUGGCCAGCGCCCCCACACCUGCCCUGACUGCGGCCGUGCCUUUGCUGACCGUGCCAACCUCCUGCGGCACCAGCGGGGCCACACAAGCGCCCAACCCCAUACCUGUGCUGAGUGUGGGCGGUGCUUUGCCCAGCUGGCACACCUACGGGAGCACGGGCGCACACACAGCAGGGAGCAGCCAUUCCACUGCAGCCAGUGUGGCCAAGCCUUUGGGCACCGCUCAGCCCUGGCUGCGCACCAGCGCGCACACAGUGGGGAGCGCCCCUACCCCUGUACCCAGUGUGGGUGCCACUUUGCCCAGCUUGCCAGCCUGGUGGAGCACCACCAGCGGCACACGGGUGAGAAGCCUCAUGAUUGCUCCCACUGUGGGCGCCGCUUCCGCCACCGCUCAGCCCUGCUUCGCCACCAGCGCUCCCAUGCUGGGGAGCUCCCCUUCCGCUGCGGGCA